GGUGUACGAUACUUCAUCCUCAAAUCGUGGAACAUGGAAAACGUUGUGAAUGCGCAGCGCGACAGUCUGUGGGCGACGCAAGUGCACAAUGAGAACUUGCUGUCCGACGCCUUCCGAACCUCUCGCCACGUGAUCCUGUUAUUCUCCGUCAAUAAAAGCAUGGCAUUUCAAGGCUAUGCUCUCAUGACCUCCCCACCAGAUCCUACGCUCCCGAAACCGCCCUUCUGCGCGAAGCUCAAUUGGUCCACCUCGCCGGCUUUCACAAUCCGAUGGCUCGCUACGACACCAGUGCCUUUUCGUGCGGUGGGUCAUUUGAAGAAUACGUUGAAUCUUGAUGAUGGGGGCUCGCCGAGAGCGGUGUUGGUGGGGAGGGAUGGGCAGGAGGUGAGUGCAGACGCUGGUAUGGGAGUGGUAUCGGUGCUUGAUGAAGCGGAUGUGGAGCAACGGGGUCGUGUGUAG